AUGAAUUUGUUAAAUAAUAAUUUGUUUUAUGAAAAAAAAAAUAGAUAUGAAGAAAAUGAAUUAAAUUAUUCAAAAAGUUUUCUUGAAGAAUAUUCAUUGAAUAGUAUAAAAAAAAAUUAUGAUAAUAAUUUAUGUGUAAAAUGUACAUGUUUGCAAGGAAUGAAUAGUUCGUGUGAGAUAAAUAAAAUUGAUGAAGAUAUAAUAAAACAAAAAAAUGUGUUGGAUAAUAAUAUAUUUAAUCCUCAAAAUAAUAUCAUUUUAAAUAAUAAUAUAAAUAAUAAUAAUAAUAUUCAUAAUAAUAUUCAUAAUAAUGUUCAUAAUAAUGUUCAUAAUAAUAAUAGUAAUAUUAUAUAUCCUUUAAAUUCAGCUAAUAUCAAUGUAUUGUAUGAAUCUCAAAAUAAUUUUUGUGCUUUACAUGAAUGUGUAGAUACUCAAUACCAUGCAAAUAUGAAAAAUACAUUAAUUAAUUCCCAUUCAAUAAAUAAUAAUAUGAAUAAUAUAUUUAAUACAAAAAAGAGUAAUACUCAUAAUAUUUUUCAUACAAAUAAUAAUUUAAAAAAUUUGUUAUGUCAAAAUAUUCAUAAUAUUCCAAGUAACAAUAUAAAUAAUUCAAAUCAUCCUAUUUAUAAUACUUUAUAUAAAAAUUUUAAAAAUAUUCCCAAUCAAAAUAUAAAUAUAUCCACUCAAAAUAUAAGUACAUCAAAUGAUAAUAUAAAUAAUAACACUCAGAGUAUAAAUAAUAACAAUAUAAACAAUAAUUAUAUUAAUAGUAACAAUAAUUAUAUUAAUAGUAACAAUAUUAAUAAUAAUAAUAAUAAUAAUAUUAAUAUUUGUGGUCAACCUUUUAAUAAUUAUUUAUAUUCAAAUUUAAACAAUAAUGUAAGUCAACAAUUACCGCCAAAUUUAUCACAAGUUUUAAAUAAAAAUCAAAUAUUAAAUCAAGGCAAUAAAGAAGUUGAACAACAAAAUUCAAAUAAUAUAUUAAAUAAAAAUAUUAAUUUAAAUAUUCCUUAUCCUUAUAUUCAUAAUACAAAUAAAUAUGUUGAUAACCAUAACAACAAUAUUUUCAGCACACUAGAUUAUAUUAAACUUAAACAAUUCAAUAAUACUCAAAUAAAUAAUAAUGCCUUAUUAUAUCCUAAUUUAAAUAUCAAUACAUUGAAUAAUAUGAAUAAUAAUAAUAAUUUGUCAAAUCACGAUUUUAAUAAACCAAAUUAUGUUAAAAAUGGAAUGAACCAUAAAUAUGCCACAGCUGUGGUAAGUAGAAAUAAUCCACUAGAUAUUUUGACUACUUCUAUGGGUAUAAACCAUCAAAUGAAUAUAAACCAUAAAAUGAAUACAAACCAACCGUCAAGUACAAUAAUAGCACCUGCUGCUAUAAAUCAGUCAUCUAAUACCAUUAAAUCUGUUGGGAUAAAUCAUCCAUCGAAUGUUAUGUCAGCAGUUGAUAUUCAUACGAACGGAUUAGGAAAUUUACAAAUAACCAAUAUUGGCACUAAUACAUUAACACCCAAUUUAGGUAUAACUAGCCAUCCGCAAUUUAAUGUCACAAAUUUUGAUCCAAGCCAAAACAAUCCGUUAAUAUACUGUUCAGAAAAUAGAAAUGUUUCUGACAAAAUUGAAAGUGAAAAUACUUAUCAGUUCGUUCAUACAAAUAAUGAUUUAAUUUCUAAUAAUCAUUUAUAUAAAGAAAUGUAUAACAAGAGUAAUACUGUUGAUAAUAAUCCGUAUGAUGGUCAAUAUAAAAAAAAAAAGUCUUGUUAUUUGUUAAAUAACCAAAAUUUUAAUUAUGAAUUAAAUAAAGAAGAAAAUGUGGAAAUUAGGAACAAUCUAAUUGCAAAUAAAUGUAUGAAUUUAAAUGAAAGUAGAAUGAUAAAUAAAUCGGGUUAUAAUAUUUAUGUGCAAGAUAAAUGUGGUGCUGAUCAAUUUAGUGGUGAUCAAUUUAGGGGUUAUGAUAAAUAUAGCGGUGAUCAAUUUAGGGGUUAUGAUAAACAUAACGAUUAUGAUGAAAAGUUAAGAAGAAUUUCGGUUCAUAUGGGAGAUAAACGUGAACAUAAAAGAGGUUAUAUUUCUAAUAGAGUAUCUGUAAGGAGUUAUAAUAAUAAUGAUGAAGAUGAUAAAUAUGGAGAACACCAUAUGUGUGGUAUAUAUGAUGAACGCGGUACAUCUGGUCCACAAUUUGUUAGCGCCUCAAAACGUCAUCACCCAUUUAAUGAUGAUAAUUAUAGGGAGAAUAUUCCUGUGAAUCAUAAAAAAGAAAAAUGGCUAACAAAUAAAAAUGAUGAAAAAUAUAUUAGCACUGAUGAAUAUUCAACAGAUUCUGAAAAAAGUGGAAAGGAAAUAUAUAAAAAAUAUUCUACAUAUGAUAAUAAAAGGGAGGAAAGAAAAAUACAUUUAAAUCAAACUUUUUAUAAAGAUGAAAAAAAAAAUAAAAAAGAAUAUGCAUCUAAUUAUUCCCAUUCGCGUACAUCAUCUAACAUGUCUUCUUGUUCGUCUUCAUCUUUUUUUACAAGCAAUUUAAAAGAAAAGAGGAAAAAAAGAAAAAUGAAUAAAGAACCCUUGCACGCUACUGUAACUAAAAAGAAAAAAAGACCUACGGUCAUCGACUUUUUAAAUGAAAAAUGGAACCGCAAUUCUUAUAAUGAUGAUAUAAGUAAUAAAAGUGUAGAUAGUAUAACCAAAAAGGAGGAAGAAAAAAAAUAUGGUUAUUAUAAAGAUGAAGAAAAAAAAAAAUAUGGUUAUUAUAAAGAUGAAGAAAAUCACAAUAGUGACCAUGAUUAUCAUGAUAAUGAUGAAAAUGAAGAAUUGAAUAACAAGAAUAAUUAUUUAUCUUCUUCUAGAGAACAUAAAGAAAAUGAUAAAAUGAAGAUUCACAAAGAAUGGGACAAAAAGGAAGAAACAAAGGAAUCGAAAAUUGCACCGCACAAUAAAAGUUACAAUGGAAGUACAGAGGAAAGUGAUAAAAUAGAUGAGACCAUGAAUGAUCAUAAGAAUGAUAAUAAAAUUAAUAAUAUGAAUGAUAAUAUAACCAAGGACACCGUUAAACGUAGAGGUCGAAAACCAAAAGCAUUAAGUCAACCAAAUAAAAAUACCGUUGAAGAGGGGAUGCCAAACGAGAGUGAAGAAACAUAUGAAAGCACAAGUUCUAAUAAAAGUUGUGCAUUAUAUGAUUGUGUUAAAAAUAUUGAAGAGGUCGAAGGGUGUAGUUUAGAAGUUGGUGAGGAAGAAGAAGAAGGAGAAGAAGAAGAAACAGAUAAUGAAACAGAAAAGGAAAUAUAUGACAAAAUGAAUGACAAAAUAAGUAACGAAUCAUAUAUAAGAAAUGAUACCAGAAGCCAUUCCAAAUUAAAUAAUAUUGUUGAUGAGAGUGGAGAACAAAACGAUGUUAACAAAUUGAAAUACAAAGAAAAAGAAACGAUAGCACAAAAUGUACAACAAAAUAAUGAUAUAAAGGAAGAACAAAGAAAAGAAGACAUAAAUAAUAGCUGUAAUGAAAGUGUAUUAUCAUCAGAAAAUGAAUCAUCUAGCGAAUAUACAGAUAAUUCAUUAGAAGGAGAAUCAGAUGAAGCUUUUGAUUAUUUAAUGGAAUCAUGCUCAGAAGAAGUAACCAGAACGGACACAUCAUGUAAUAAUAAUAAUAAUAAUAAUAAUAAUAAUAUAUAUGACAGUAUAGAAAAUGAUAUUUGUGAUAAUAAAUUUGGAGGUAUAAAUAUUGGUAGUUUUAAUAAAAAUGAUGUAAUACAUAGUGAUGUAGAGAAUAGUUGUAUAAAAGGAGGAUAUAAAAAAGAAAAAAAUAAUAAUAUAAUAAAUAAUAAUAAUAAUAAUAAUUGUAGUAGUAGUAAUAAUAAUUGUAGUAGUAGUAAUAAUAAUUGUAGUAGUAGUAAUAAUAAUUGUAGUAGUAAUAUUAUUAAUAAUAGUGAAAAUCUAACAAAUGAUCAUUUUUAUGAUCAUUUACCAAAUGUACAAUUUUGUUCAUAUAUACAAAAUAAAAAAAACAAAGAAAAAAAUAUAUUGUUAUCAAAAAAAAUAGUAAUUAUAAAAAAUGAUAUACUUAUAAAUAAUAAAUCGUUUCCUUUUUACAGCAUCAAACGAAAAAUGAAAGAUUUGAUUAAAGAAGAAAAGGAUAAAAGACAAAUUGAAGAUUUCAAAGAGAAUGGGGAAAGAAAAAAAUAUAUUAAGCAGUAUUAUAUUUAUAAAAAUGUUUUAAAAAAUAUCCGUUGGUAUAGAUCAGAAAAUGAUGAGAAUAAUUUAGCAAGUUGUUUAAUUAAAGAAAAUGAAUAUAUAUAUAGUAAUUUAAAAAAUAUGGAAUAUAUAAAAAAGCGAAAAAUAUUAAUUUAUAUACAUAAGUAUUUUCUUAAAAAGAAAAUCAAUAUAUAUGAAUAUAUAAUAUUAUUGUCUUAUUUAUUUUAUAAGAAAUCUAAAUAUUUAGGUAUUAAUAAAGUAUAUAUGUAUAAUACUAUGAAGAAAUUAUCACCAUAUUUAUGGUUAUUAAAUAAAAAAUGUAAUGAUAUAGAAAUACGUAAUUUUUUUUAUUAUUUAAGUAAUUUAUAUAUAUUACAUGAUUAUUUUAUAUUUAGAAUAAAUAUAUUUUUUUUUAAUUGGUUUUUAUUACAUAUAUAUAAAAUAAAAUUAAAAAAUACAUCAUAUAUAGAAGAUAUAAAUUUAUUAUCAAAUAUUAUGAUAGGUUUUUUAUCAAAUAAAAAAUUUCGAAAUUAUUCUAUGGUCUUUUUAAUAAAUGUAGUACUACAGAAAAAUACAGGGAAAUCAUUAUAUAAAGGAUUAAAUUAUAAUUAUGUGUGUGCCUUAUAUAUAACCUUCUUUUCGAAGGUAAUAUGCUUAUCAGAGGGAUACAAAAAAUAUAUGAAAACAUGUGAGCAUUUUUUGAAAAGAAAUAAUUUAAAUGAUGUAUUGAUUUGUAGAAAAGAAGAAUAUGAAAUAAGAGAGAAAAAAGAAAUAAAAAAUAAAGGUGAUAUGAAUUAUACAAAUAGUAUAGAAUAUCAAGAGGACAAAACAAAUAAAGAGUAUAUAAUGAAUAAAUUAAAAAUGCAUGAAAAUAUAUCCAUAAGACAAGAUCUGAUAAUGUUGUAUAUUUUAUAUAUGUCUAAAAAUAAUUAUUGUAUAUAUAUAAAUAUUUUGAAACAUAUUUUUAUUGAUGUUAUAAAAUUUAAAUUAAAUUAUAAUUUUAACAAGAUUAAAAUUAAAAGUAAAUUUCUUUAUAAGAAAAUUUAUCGAUGUUUCAAAAAUAUAAAAAAAAAUAUGAGCAAGUUAAAUAAGAGGAAUAUGAAAGGAAUAAGAAAAAAAGGGAACACAUUAGGAGAUAACACCAAAGAUAAUAAAAGAAAUAAAUAUAAUAAAAAAAAUAUAUAUAAUAAAAAAAAUAAACAUAAUAAAAAUAAUAAUAUAUAUAAUAACAAACGUUAUGAUCAUAUUUUAUACGAAUUUGAUUGUAAUAAGAAUUAUUCAUUGGUAUACUUAUUUAUAGGUAUACUCAUAGAAUACAUAUCCUUCUGCUUCGAUGAUAAAAUUAAUCUAUAUUUCCAGGAUGCACAAUGUGUUAAGGAAGGGUAUUCAUCAUUAUUUAUGUAUCUCAAGGAAUAUACAAAUAUCAUAUUCAAAUAUAUGAAAUUCAUUACAAUAGAUGUUAGUAGAAAAUAUGAAAACAUAUGGAUAAGAAAUAUUUUCACCUUAAUUAAUUUAAAAAAAAUGGAUACUUUAGAUAAUUAUUUUGAUACUUGUUCGAUAGAAUAUAUAGAUAACAGUGUAUGUGAUGAUUAUAAUGAUAAGAACAUGAAUCAUAUUCAUAGUAACAUUGAAGGAAGUAAUAAUAAUAAUAAUAAUAAUAAUAAUAAUUAUAAUUAUAAUAAUUAUAAUAAUAAUAAUUAUAAUUAUAAUUGUAAUAAUAUUUAUAAUUUGGAUCCUAUAUUUUUGAAACAUAGAAAAAUUAAUAUUAAUAACGAAUCAGAUAUAUUUGUGGAGAGAGAUGCAAAUAAUAAAUAUUUAGAAGACAAACAUAUAGAACAAAAUAAUAUAAUAUCAUUAUUUAAUAAUGAUGUAAGUAAUGUAGAUAUUAACAAAAUAUAUGUUAAUAAUAUUUAUGAUGAAGAAGAAAAAAAAAAAGAAAAACUUUAUAAUUAUGGUAAUAUUGAAAAAAAUGUUGAUAUCAAAAUGUCAAAUAAUUUAAAUAUACAUGAUAUAAGAACAAAUAUAAUGUGUAAUGAUAACGAUAUAUUUAUAGAUAAGAGCAAAAAUUUUGGUACAAACAAAAUGUUUGAAAAUAAGAACAAUUUUGAUGGUUAUACAUAUGAUAUGGAUAAAUAUAAUAUAGCUCAUAUAAAAGAUGAAAAGAGUUAUAAUAAUAAGAACUUAUCAAAUUAUUAUAAUAAUUAUAAUUUUAUAGAAAGUACUUUUUAUAUGUUAUGUAAAUGUUUAUUAUUAUUUAAUAAGAAUAUAUUAUUUCGAACAAUAUUUGAUAUAUUAUUUUUAUUUUUUAUUAAUAAAAUAAGAGUAGAGGUUCUUAUUCAUUUUUUAUCGAUGAUAUAUACCAAGAAACAAAGUAACUUGGGUAAAAUAAUAAAAAAUAUAUUAAUAAAAAAUAAGAAUCCUAUUCUUUUACAAAAUAUAUAUGUAAUAAAUUAUUUAUUAAAAAGAAAUAUAUUCAACAUGGAUGAUGAUAUAUAUUUUGCUGAUACAAAAAAUAUAUCUAUGGUACCUUUUUAUUCAUUUUAUUUUUCGCGUUGUGAAAUACAAAAAAAAAAUAUAUUGAAUAGAAAAAAAAAGGAAAUAUUAAAUAAACAAAAAAUGGAAAUAUUAAAUAAACAAAAAAAGGAAAUAUUAAAUAAACAAAAAAAGGAAAUAUUAAAUAUAUGGAAUAGCUCCAAUUCUGUAGACUCACGUUUGUAUAUAAAAUGUUGUUCUUGUAUUUUUUUAUCAUAUAUUAUUUUUUUUUCUUUAAUUUUUAAGAAUUUGGAAAUGUAUUAUAUGCACUUUACUAAAUUUUCUUUUAACUUGAAAAAUAUGUCUGAUUACAGAAGAAUAAAAAUGAAGAAGCAAAAAAAAAAAAAAAAAAAAAAAAAAAAAGCUAUUAUGGAGGAUAUGUAUAUUAAUAAAAACAAAUAUUAUGAUACAGAAAUGUGUAAAAAACAAGAUGAGAUGAAAAAUAUAUUAAUGAAUGAUAUGCAAUAUUUCAAAAAUAUAAUUCAAACAAAUAACGAUAAUAAUAAAGAGAAGGACAACACAAAAGAUAUUUUAGAAGAUCAUUUUUUUUUGUAUGAAAAUUUAAAUGCUGAUGAUUUGGUUUAUCAUAUAUUGUAUCCUAUGAAAUAUAUAUCCAAAAAAAAAGACCUUCUGAGUAAUAGUUAUGCAAAAGAUGAUACGUUUCUUUUUCUUAAUAAAAGGAUGUUAUGUGUAUAUUACAAUAUUCACAAUAAAUAUGAAAAGGGUAUAUCAGGAGAGCAUUUAUAUGAAUGGAGAAAUGGUCAUAUUAAUAGAAGAGAUGAUAAAAUAAUAUAUAAAAAAGAAAAACACGAAGAAAAAAAUAAAACCAUAAUAGUAAAUAAUAAUAAUAAUAAUAAUAAUGAAAAUAAUAAUGACAGCAAUAAUGACAAGAAUAAUAAUAAUUAUCAUUAUUGGUCUUUCCCCCAAAUGGAUGAUUUUAUAAACAAAUAUGGUUAUCUUACAAAUAAAUAUGACAUACAUAUAUAUACCGUCAUAAAUAAUUAUAAUCUCCAUAUUACAGACAAAAUGUUGUAUUUAUUAAUGUUGAUGUUUAACCACCAUAUUGCGAAGAAAAAACAAAGAAAAAAUGGUGAUAAUGUUGUAGGGAUAGGAAACAACACAGAUUUUAAUUUAUUUAAUAAUAUAGAAAGGAAUGUAGAAAUAAAUGAGAAAAAUGUAAUAGAAGAAUUUUAUUUCGUGGAUGAAUAUAUUGCUUAUCAUAUUUUAUAUUUAUUAUAUGAAACAAAAAAUAAAUAUGAUGAUGUAAAUAUUACAAAUGUGUAUACAAAAAUGCAUGGAGAUAUAUUAAAAAUAAAUUUGGAUAAAAAAUAUAAAAAGAAAUUAUGUAGUAAUAAUAAACAUCAUAUGAAUAAAAACAUAAAUAAAGCAGAACAAAUAUAUGAUCAUUAUAUGAGUGUUAUGAGUUUUAUUGAUAAAUGGAAUAAAAAUAAUAUAGAGUAUAAUAAUAAAAAAAAAAAAACAAAUAUGAAAACUAGAAGAAAUAAAUAUACAAAUAUUGUUAUAGAUAUAUAUCCAUUAAUAUUUAUGUCCUUAGUCAAAUUAUUAAACGGUACCAUCAAAAUUAAUGAUAAUGUACAAACAAAAGCAUUUGAUGUAAAGAAUGAAAUUUUCCCAUUGAAUUUACACAUAUAUGCUGAAUUAAAUACUAAGGAUGAAUGUGAACAAAUACAUGAAAUGUCUAUUUUAUAUGGAGAUGUUAUAUCUUCUAAUUAUAAUACUUUAAAGAAUUGUCUAUGUACUGAAUUUUUUUCUACAAAAAAUGAAGGUAACAUGAACAAAAGAUAUAAAAACAACAAUAUAAGUAAUAAUUUUAUAAAGAAUAAAUAUAUGAAUGAUACAUAUGAAAACUGUUCUUUUAAUAAAUUAAAAAGGAAUCAUAGAAAUUGUAUAUCUCCCCUCAUCCCCCCCCUAAAAAAAAAAAAAAAAACAAAGGAUAGACAUUUUUGUGAUAUAUUAAGAAAUUAUGAUAAUAUAAAUUAUUCGAUAUAUGGUAACUUGAUUGUAAAAUUAUUAUAUAAAGAAAUAAAAAAUGAUUUUUUCUUAUGUCAAGAAUAUUAUGAUGAAAAUUUAUACAUAUAUAGAAGCUUAUUAAUAAUUUUGUUGAAUAAAUAUUUUUGCUCAGGAUAUAAUUUUUUCUCUUUUAAAAAAAAGUUUGUCUUUUUCUUUAUUCAACGAUUAUUUAGAUUAUUAUGUUUUAGAUUGAUGUGUUUGUUUCUUUCAACGGUUCAUCUGAAUAAGUUUACGAGUGAAAUAAUAAUUAUAGAUGAUAAAUUUUUGAUAGAAAAUUAUAAACUGCAUGUUAGGAAGAAGAGGAGGAUACAAAUAAAAGAGCAGGGAACCAAAAAGAGAAAACGUUUUUUUGAUAAAAAGUCGUAUAAUCUGUAUAAGAAUUAUACCGAAAAUUUUUAUUUUAAUUCUAACUUGUUGGAAUGUAUGGAUGGUGUGAUGAGUGACGACGUCCAAGUGGAUGAUGAGGAUGAAAAUGUUGAUGAAGAGGAUGAGCAAGAAGAAGAUGAUCAGGAAGAAGAUGAUCAGGAAGAAGAUUAUCAAGAAGAAGAUUAUCAAGAAGAAGAUUAUCAAGAAGAAGAUUAUCAAGAAGAAGAUUAUCAAGAAGGUGAUUAUGAUGAAGGACAAAAUUGUGGUAGAAAACAAAAUUAUAGUAAAAAACAAAAUUGUGAUGUUAUAGAAAACGUUUAUUUUCAUAAAAAAGAAGACACCGGAAAACACCAUUUUGUAUCAACAUUAAAGAAUGAUGAUGAUAAUAUUGUGAAGACAGAUUUAAGAGAUAUAAAAAAAAAAAAAAAGACGAUUAUUAUUUAUAAGCCAUUUGUAGCCUUUGGAAGUUUAAUUAUGACAAAAAGGGAAGUAUUAAGAUUGAAAUUGUUGAAAGAAGGGGAAAUUAAAAGGGAAAAUAUAUAUAUAAAUAGGAGUAUAUUGAAGAAUAAGAAUAAGAGUAUUCACCAGAAAAAUAUUCCCAACAUAAACAAUAAUAAUAAUAAUAAUAAUAAUAAUGACAAUUUUAAUAAUAAUAAUAAUACAUAUUGUAAAUAUAACAAUAAUUAUAAUUAUAAUUGUAGUAAUAAUUAUAAUUAUAAUUGUAGUAAUAAUUAUUAUUCAAAUCAACGUAUUGAUAAAGAUUCCGUACACAUGUCAAUCAUAUCCAUUAUCAUGUUACUAAACGUACUAAGAAAGAAUUGUAAUUAUUCUCUUAUGAUAAAUUUUUACAUAAAUAUGUUAAUAGAAAAAUUUUUAGAAAAGAAGAAAUAUAUGCAUAUUGAUGAUUAUUAUUUAAUAAAUAGUUAUUCUGUAAAAUUAAUAAAUCCUUUACAUAAUUUCCAUAAGGUUGAAUUUUAUAUAUGCAGUGAAAAUAAUUCCAUAAAAAAAAAAAUGGAACAAAUCAAUAAUGGAUAUAAAUUUUAUUCUUCAUCAUGUAAAUUAAAAAUAUUUGAAAUCAUUUUUUAUUAUACAUUAAAAGUGUAUUUAUGUUUUAUAAAUAAAAAUUAUAUAGGUACCUUUAUAUCAAAAAUAGCAAGGAUGAAUAAUAUAUAUACGAAUGAAAAUAUUCAUUUCAAAUUUAAAAUUAAUAAAUUACUUUGUAAUACACUGAAUAAUUUAUUAAUAGAACAAAUGAUUAAUAUAAAAUUAAAUAAAAAUAUUUUAAUCAAUAUUAUAUCUGCAUGUAAGUUUUUUUUUAUAUCUCUACUGGAUGAAACACAAUGUCCUCAUUUACUUUUAAAUGAUUAUGUUCUUGAUAUAUCGGAUUUUAUACAAGGAAAUUAUAAUCCUUUAUGGAAUGACCAGCGUGUUGUAAAACAAGCUCAAAAGUGUGUUCAAGAAAAAUCGCUCUAUCUUGUUGGUAAUUCACAAGGGUAUCGGUUCUACGCUUUGGAGGAUGAAAAAUAUGCACGUGGCCAGUAUAUUUUGGAUAACAAAGAUGCAAAAUAUGAUUGUACAUAUGAAUUAGUUAAUACAAGGUUUGUAGCUAAGGAUGACAUACAACAUGGUGAAGACAUAAAAAAUGUUGAAGACAUAAAACAUGUUGAAGACACAAAAAAUGUUGAAGACAUAAAAAAUGUUGAAGAUAUAAAACAUGUUGAAGACACAAAAAAUGUUGAAGACAUAAAAAAUGUUGAAGACAUAAAAAAUGUUGAAGACAUAAAAAAUGUUGAAGACAUACAAGAUGUAAGUCUCAUUCCUCAUGAUAAUGUCCCACAUUAUAAUGACAAAAAAUUGUACAUUCCACUACAUGACGAAAUAAAGUAUACAGAUCGUGCUAACAAUGAUUUAGGUAAUAAUAAGGAUACAUUAAAUAUAUAUAAUAAUAAUAAUGUGAUGAUAAGAAAUUGUCCUAAUUCAAGUGUAAGAAUAAUAUAUAAAAGAAAAAUGAACAUAAAUUAUGAAGACCAUUAUUAUAAUAAUAAUAAUAAUAAUAAUGUGGGUAUGAUGAGAAGUCGUGUGAUAUAUAUGAAACCUAAUGAUAUAAAUAAAUUAAUAUACUCCUUUGAAAGAUUAAAUGAAAAUAUAUUCGAUUGUGCUGAUUAUAUAUAUAAACAUAUUUUUAAAAAUAAGAAAGAAAAAAUAAAUGACGAAAAAAAAUUCUAUAAAAAUAUUUAUUUAUGGUAUUUGAAUUGUAUUCAUAUUAUUAAUUUACAAAUAUAUGUAAUGUGUCACUUUUAUAAUAAUUAUCAUAAUACUACAAUUCAUAUAAAAAAUAAGAAGAAAAAUGUAAACAUAAAUAAUAUGAACAAUAAUAAUAAUAAUAAUAAUAAUAAUAAUAUUCUAUACCAUUCUUUACAAAUCAAUAUGAAUAUAAUAAAAGGAAUUAAUAAGAUAAAACAUAAUGUUGAACGAUAUCUAAAAGAAACUAAGCAAUAUUAUGAAAUUAUAAAAAAUAAAGAAGAAAUAAAAGAAGGAAAAAAAAAAAAAGACAAUAAAAAUGAAACAAAAUAUUCUCUUGUACAAAAUAAUCAAACGGAUGCAAAUAUAUUCAAUAUAACUAAUGAGGAAUGUAUCGAAGAUUAUGAAGAAUUAAAUUCAUUUUUAGAUUUUAACUUAGAUAAACAAUCAGGUAUAUUGUUGGAAGGUACUACAACUAAUACAAAUAAUAAUUUAUUAGAUCAAAAGGUUAAUGAAAAUGUUUAUAAAAUGUCUAAUUAUCUGGUGGAUGAGGACUGGUUAAUGUAUAUACGGUCUCUAAUCUGA